UUCUUUUCUUUUCUUUCUUUUUUUUUUUUUAACUGCCAAAUCGGCAGUCUGUUCCCUAAAGCUCCGGUUAGCCAGACUAUAGGGUUUUAUUCUGGCUGCAGAAUAACUGGCUGGUGUGUUUUUGCAAAGGGGGGCAAAAAGAAAAGAGAGAAAGGAGGGAGUACGCGAGUCGUCCAGUGCAAUCUCUAUUGUUUGAAAUUUACUUUUUAUCAGAAUUUGAAGAUGAAAACGGUUAAAAAAUGGCCACACUUAAGUGACCCAUCACUCUGAGCUUUGAUUAUGAAAAAUUUUAUCAUCAUUGUUUUCUUCAUUUUUGGAUGGAGAAAAUGAAUCCAGACAUAGAAGAAAGUACAAGAUAUUGGGGAGAAGUACCUGUUCAACAGAGGAGCAUCUAACAACUCAUUUGCAAGAAGAUUUAAUAAAUUAAAAUUGUUAUGCUUCGAUAUUGGUAUGAUAUUGACUCUCUAGCUCAUAGGUAGCCCUCCAAAAAAACAAUUCAGUUUUCCAAAUUAUGGAAAUUUCGUGGAAAACGUUGACUUGGAUUUUGAGCCUCAUCAUGGCUUCUUCGGAAUUUUAUAGUGACCACAGACUUUCAUACAGUUCUCAAGAGGAAUUCCUGACUUAUCUUGAACACUACCAGCUAACUAUUCCAAUAAGAGUUGAUCAAAAUGGAGCUUUCCUCAGCUUUACUGUGAAGGAUGAUAAACACUCAAGGAGAAGAAGAAGCAUGGACCUUAUUGAACCACAGCAGGCAGUGUCUAAAUUAUUUUUUAAACUUUCAGCCUAUGGCAAGCACUUUCACCUAAACUUGACUCUCAAUACAAAUUUUGUGUCUAAACAUUUUACAGUAGAAUACUGGGGGAAAGAUGGACCCCAGUGGAAACAUGAUUUUUUAGACAACUGUCACUACACAGGAUACUUGCAAGAUCAACGCAGUACAACUAAAGUAGCUUUAAGCAACUGUGUUGGAUUGCAUGGUAUUAUUGCUACAGAAGAUGAAGAAUAUUUUAUUGAGCCUCUAAAGAAUACCACAGAGGAUUCUAAACAUUUUAGUUAUGAAAAUGGCCAUCCUCAUGUUAUUUACAAAAAGUCUACACUCCAGCAACGACAUAUCUAUGAUCAUUCUCAUUGUGGGGUUUCAGAUCUCACAAGAAGUGGCAGACCUUGGUGGCUGAAUAAGACAUCCCCUGCUUUUUCUUCUCUACCACCAAUUAAUGACACACAUAUUCAUCAAAGACAGAGAAGGUCUGUGAGCACUGAGAGAUUUGUCGAGACCCUGGUAGUGGCAGACAAAAUGAUGGUGGGCUACCAUGGCCGUAAAGACAUCGAACAUUAUAUUUUGAGUGUGAUGAAUAUUGUUGCCAAACUUUACCGUGACUCCAGUCUAGGAAACGUUGUGAAUAUUAUAGUGGCUCGCUUAAUUGUUCUCACAGAAGAUCAGCCAAACUUGGAGAUAAACCACCAUGCAGACAAGUCCCUCGAUAGCUUCUGUAAAUGGCAGAAGUCCAUUCUCUCCCACCAAAGUGAUGGAAACACCAUUCCAGAAAAUGGGAUUGCCCACCACGAUAAUGCAGUUCUUAUUACUAGAUAUGAUAUCUGCACUUACAAAAAUAAGCCCUGUGGAACAUUGGGCUUAGCCUCUGUGGCUGGAAUGUGCGAGCCUGAACGGAGCUGCAGCAUUAAUGAAGACAUUGGCCUGGGUUCAGCUUUUACCAUUGCACAUGAGAUUGGUCACAAUUUUGGUAUGAACCAUGAUGGAAUUGGAAAUUCUUGUGGGACGAAAGGUCAUGAAGCAGCAAAACUAAUGGCAGCUCAUAUUACUGCAAAUACCAAUCCCUUUUCCUGGUCUGCCUGCAGCCGAGACUAUAUCACCAGCUUUCUAGAUUCAGGCCGUGGUACUUGCCUUGAUAAUGAGCCUCCCAAGCGUGACUUUCUUUAUCCAGCUGUGGCCCCAGGUCAGGUGUAUGAUGCUGAUGAGCAGUGUCGUUUCCAGUAUGGAGCAACAUCCCGCCAAUGCAAAUACGGGGAAGUGUGUAGAGAGCUUUGGUGCCUUAGCAAAAGCAACCGCUGUGUCACCAACAGUAUCCCAGCUGCUGAGGGGACACUAUGUCAGACUGGGAACAUUGAAAAGGGGUGGUGUUAUCAAGGAGAUUGUGUUCCUUUUGGCACUUGGCCCCAGAGCAUAGAUGGGGGCUGGGGCUCCUGGUCACUAUGGGGAGGAUGCAGCAGGACUUGCGGGGGAGGCGUCUCUUCUUCCCUAAGACACUGUGACAGUCCAGCACCGUCAGGUGGUGGAAAAUAUUGCCUUGGAGAAAGGAAACGAUAUCGCUCUUGCAACACAGAUCCAUGCCCUUUGGGUUCCCGAGAUUUUCGAGAAAAACAGUGUGCAGACUUUGACAAUAUGCCUUUCCGGGGAAAGCAUUAUAACUGGAAACCCUAUACUGGAGGUGGGGUAAAACCUUGUGCUUUAAACUGCCUGGCUGAAGGUUACAAUUUCUACACUGAGCGGGCCCCUGCAGUCAUAGACGGAACCCAGUGCAAUGCUGACUCGCUGGAUAUCUGUAUCAACGGAGAAUGCAAGCAUGUAGGCUGUGAUAAUAUUUUGGGAUCUGAUGCUAGGGAAGAUAGGUGCCGAGUCUGUGGUGGGGAUGGAAGUACCUGCGAUGCCAUUGAAGGGUUCUUCAAUGACUCGUUGCCCAGAGGAGGUUAUAUGGAAGUGGUGCGGAUUCCAAGAGGUUCUGUUCAUAUCGAAGUAAGAGAAGUUUCCAUGUCAAAAAAUUACAUUGCUUUAAAAUCUGAAGGAGAUGAUUACUAUAUUAAUGGUGCCUGGACUAUUGAUUGGCCUAGGAAAUUUGAUGUUUCUGGAACAGCUUUCCACUAUAAGAGACCAGCAGAUGAACCAGAAUCCCUGGAAGCCUUAGGACCCACCUCUGAAAACCUCAUUGUAAUGGUUCUACUCCAAGAACAGAAUUUGGGAAUUAGGUACAAGUUCAACGUGCCCAUCACUCGACCUGGCAGUGGAGAUAAUGAAGUUGGCUUUCUGUGGCACCAUCAGCCCUGGUCAGAGUGCUCUGCUACUUGUGCUGGAGGUGUCCAGAGACAAGAAGUGGCCUGUGAAAGACUGGAUGACAACUCCAUCGUCCAGAACAAUUUCUGUGACCCUGACAGUAAGCCACCUGAAAAUCAAAGAGACUGCAACACUGAGCCCUGCCCACCUGAAUGGUUCAUUGGAGACUGGUUGGAGUGCAGCAAGACUUGUGAUGGUGGGAUGCGCACGAGGGCCGUGCUCUGCGUCAGGAGGAUUGGACCAUCUGAGGAGGAGACACUGGACUCCAGUGAUUGUUUAACACACCGACCUAUGGAGAAAGAGAGCUGCAACAACCAGUCAUGUCCACCUCAGUGGGUAGCUCUGGACUGGUCUGAAUGUACUCCAAAAUGUGGUCCAGGAUUCAAGCAUCGGAUUGUUCUAUGCAAGAGCAGUGACCUUUCUAAAACAUUCCCAGCUGCACAAUGUCCAGAGGAGAGCAAGCCUCCUGCUCGUAUCCGCUGUAGUCUGGGCCGCUGUCCUCCUCCCCGCUGGGUGACAGGAGACUGGGGCCAGUGCUCUGCUCAGUGUGGCCUUGGACAGCAAAUGCGAACUGUCCAGUGUCUCUCCUAUACUGGGCAGGCAUCUGUUGACUGUCCAGAAACUGUUCGGCCUCCGUCCAUGCAGCAGUGUGAAAGCAAAUGUGACAGUACUCCUAUCUCCAGUACUGAAGAGUGCAAAGAUGUGAACAAAGUGGCUUAUUGCCCACUGGUGCUGAAGUUCAAGUUCUGUAGCCGAGCAUACUUCAGACAGAUGUGUUGUAAGACCUGCCAAGGACACUGACCCACGGAAAGCCGGCGAGUCCUGUCAUUUCAUCGUGGAAAUGCGUCCAUCAAAGAGAGCCACCAAGAGGAUGAGGAUUGCUGUCCUUACACAAGCAUUACCCUGUGGAAAAUGUAACCACUGGUCAGCCCCAGCUGACAGGAUUUCAAUAUUAUUUUAACUUCUGUGAAGUGGGAUUUUUGAUCCAAAGUGCUGGACACGGUAUUAGGAGGGAAUGCCAGAUUCGAGAGACCCAAACAACACAGGGAGAGUCGCUUGCUGUGGACCGUUUGUGUUCUUUCGAGUAAAUCUAAUAGCCUGUUUACCUCCUUGGACCAUUAAGAUGAUUUUUAUUAUGGACUUAGCAAUGACACUGAAUCCAUUUGUAUUUAAGACUGUUCAAAAUGUAGUUGUUAUGACUUGGUCAACUAUAGGAGUAGAAGAGAUUCAGAAUUCUUAAGUCAUAGCUUAAAAAUAUUUACUAUACUUUAUCUCACCACAGUAGCAGCACAAUUUAAAUUAUAAAAUGGGCUUUGAACUGUAAUUUAAGAAACAAAAUUAUAAAUCAAAAGCAACGAAAGUUCGUACUAUUUUUCUUUAUCCCACUUAAUUUCCUUAGGAAUAGCCCCCUGUUCAGAACACUGCUGUGAGCCAUGGAUAAAACUCUAUUAAACCGAACAGCGAGGGACUUGGUUUGAAGCCGCGCGGCAAUCGCUGCAGCUGUGCGAGUCUAUAAAUUCAGUGCUAAGAGACUGUGGCCCAACUUGCCUUUUGCGCAAGUGAAGCUGAGAUUUCCAUUAAAACUUUAAGAGAAAAACAUUUCAAUUUCACGCAGAAGCCAGACCUAGGGUAUGGCAGAGAAUGAGGUACCAGGCCCUUUGCGGCCAUCACACAGGAUGCCUUACUUCUUGUUUGAGUCACGCUGACCCCUUAGUGUUUACAUCCCCACCAGCCACAGAUCAGCUUCUGCCCUGUUGGACUGUUGCACGCAUGCUCAGCUUGCGGAGAUGAUGCCGUGCAAAAGAUAGACUGGCUUAGUAAAGCCAAGCAGGCCCUUCUGCGAUUUGCUGACAGUACGAUGGGUUCCAGAUGUCCCUUCUUUGAUAUGAUAGAAGGGCAUUUAUUUAUAUGAGAGCAAGUGUGCAUGUGUGUGUGUAUGUGUGUGUGUGCAGGUGCUCCUGGCUGUGGGGGACAGAUGAGUUUGCUUGCAUAUAAAUGUGCUAUUUCUGUGCGUUUUAAAGUAGGGAAGGAUAACAACCAAAGAAGAGAAGCUCAUGAAGAGAGAUCACAAAGUCUAACAGUCACUCAACCAAGUAAUUUUUAUUGAUAUUCUGAAUGGCAAUUAAAUGUGAAACAUGGUUUCCUGGGCAAAGUCAAGUUCUAAACUCACAUCUUACAGGAUGGAAAUGACGAGCUUAGGUCUUCCUGUCUUCAAGCUUCACAACCUGCCGUCAGAAGACGCUACAACUAGAUUUUUUUUAAGGGUACUUGUUUAUAUUAAUACUUUGUACUUGAACACUUGUGGCUUGUAGUAGGUCUUUGGUGACUGUGCUUUGUGUCUAGCACACCUCCUUAGUCCUUCACAUAUGUGCACAUAUGUGCCCCAUGCAUACACCAUCAUCUAAAACACAAACUAAAUAGCUACUUUGUAGCAGAGAGAAUUUUUUUCAUUUAAGAGCAUGUCUCACACAUAUCUACCACUGGGCUCUGAAAUUACACUUCAGUGUGUCAGA